UAUAAAGUGCAGGGUUUUAGUACAUACCAGAAGUUAUUGAAGUAGUGCUCCACCAUGGCUGUCCUGAUCAGCUCCUGUCUGGCUUUUCUCAGCCUGCUAUCCAUCAGUCAGGCCGCAGACCCAAACUGCGAGGAUCUCACCAAGCCACUGGUACUGGAGGACGUGAACCCAGUCAUUGGGAAGUGGAUUUUCAAGGAAGGGAUCACCAUUAGCCCAAUACUGGGAAAUGUCUUUAAAACUCUGAACAACUCUUGGAUGGAGUUUAGUCCGAGUUCUUCCAAAGAUACACUCGUUCUCCACCAAGCCAGCUCCAUACACGGAAGUUGUCGGCAUACCAACAUGAACAUAACCUUCAAUAACAGCACCUUUCACGCUUCUGUACGCAAUAUAACAACAGUAAUCGAUUUACUCCCAUCUUGCCCUGACUGCCUCACCCUGAGCUUCUCCAGACAGAUGGUGAAUGACACGCUGAGGUCCCUCUACUUUUUGACAAAAGAACGCAAAGGUUCCGAGUCUGGCGUGGACACAUACAGGAAACAGGCUGUGUGUUUGGAGCUCAAAGAAGAACCUCAGUUUUCUGAUGAUGGGGUAACAGAGCUCUGUGAGAAGACUGAUAUGUCUGAAAGUGAGGCUAAACCUGAACCAGAAAAGAACGCUAAAUAAAUGCUGAAUAUCAUGAUCAUAAAUCAUUUUUGCUCUUUUUCUGGUGUCUGACUUGCAUCUGCUGGCAUCUUUUUUUUUCUUUUUCAAUAAAUAUUCUUAAUUAAGUAAAUAAA